AUUCCCCAUCCUUUACUCUAUCAUGUGUGUUGCUAUAUGGAACACAACCUUUAUCAACACAUGUAGGGUUUUUUAAUUUAUUGUACACAAAAUUGAAGUGGGAGAGUUGAAGUGCUGUGUUGUGUGUCGUAUGCGGAGAUAACCUAGAAGCAUGACCAUCAACGCUCGAGAAAAGGAAUUUAAAAAUCCAUUCGCAAGACCAUGGAUGGAAUUCGGGGGAGCAGCUGCCGCAGGUGGUCAGUCAUUUUCCGGAUUAAAAGGAAUAAUAGCAGGUGGCAUUACAGGAGGGAUAGAGAUCUGCAUCACAUUCCCAACAGAGUAUGUGAAGACCCAACUUCAACUUGAUGAAAAAGGUGCAGGGAAACAAUAUGCUGGUAUUGCAGACUGUGUAAAGAAAACUGUGAGGUCAUAUGGUUUUUUUGGUCUAUAUAGAGGUCUUAGUGUGCUUCUGUAUGGCUCAAUACCCAAAUCUGCUGUAAGGUUUGGUGCUUUUGAAACAUUAAAGGGAUUUGCGGUGGAUGAAAAAGGAAAUUUACCACCAGUUUCACGCCUGCUUUGUGGUUUAGGCGCUGGAGUUUCAGAGGCAAUAUUUGCAGUAACACCAAUGGAAACAGUCAAAGUAAAAUUUAUUAAUGAUAGACGCUCAGCAAAUCCAAGAUUCAGGGGUUUCUUCCAUGGUUGCACCACAAUUAUUAAAGAGCAAGGUUUCCGUGGUGUCUACCAAGGAGUAACUGCAACCAUUAUGAAACAAGGAAGUAAUCAGGCCAUCAGAUUUUAUGUGAUGGAAUCAAUGAAGGACUGGUAUAGGAAAGGGGAUCCUCAAGCACAUGUGCCUAAACUUAUAGUAGGUCUGUUUGGAAUGGUUGCGGGUGCUGCUUCUGUGUUUGGGAACACACCUAUAGAUGUUGUGAAGACAAGAAUGCAGGGUUUGGAAGCAGUGAAGUACAAAAACACUUGGGAUUGUGCAUUGAAAAUAUGGAAACAUGAAGGACCUAUGGCGUUUUACAAGGGAACUGUCCCACGUCUUGGUCGUGUGUGCUUAGAUGUAGCCAUUACAUUUAUGAUUUACGAUUCCUUCAUGGACCUUUUUAACAGAUUUUGGAAGUAAAAAGGCUGAGUAACAUAUCUACCACCAUAUUCCAUCGAUACUAGAAAUGCAACUCCUAAUUUUCUAUGUUUUAGGGAGUAUUUUAGAAGAUUGGUACAAGGAAAAACUAUGUAAUUCUUCGGUUGCUAAAAUAUUUCUGGUUUGUAAUGGUUUUAUUGGUAUUCUACUUGUGUAUUGCAUUGUGAUUUCUUAAAGUACUAAUUCCAUAUGAAAUAUUUGUUACAAUUGUACCUACUUUGAUCUAAAAUUGUUUAAUGUUAUUUGUCCUCAAAUGUAAUUUAUUUUUUGCAUGAACUCUAUUAUAAUAGUUUGUGUAUCAAACAGGUGUAGAAUUUUCAAAUAUGCAUUUAUUUAUGUGUUUACAAAAACAUUUUAUUCCAUAACGUGAAUUAAAAAUAAAAAAGGUAUUUUGGCAAUAAUUUUUUAAAUCAUCAGUGAUAAACUGCAUUCCAAGUAAUUUAAUUUAAUGCAAUAAAUAGCUAAUGAUAAUAUAUGCCAAUUACCAUUUCUGUUUUUUAUAGAGUUGUUCCGAUACCAUAUUUACCGAUACCGAUACCCUGAUACCAUUGCCGAUACCAUUCUGAUACCCCGAUACUCUGCUCUGCUUAUUUCUUUCGCCCGUUUGUCAUUUUUCUCAUACUUGCAAUUUUUAUUGUAAGUAUCUAUUAAGGUAAGUUGUUUACUUUCUCCAAAAUAAGUAGGUUUACUACUGCUACUUUGUUCAGGAAUACUCUGACUGGUAGAUGCAAACGAAACACUUUAAAGUUGUUUUGACUCCAAGCUUUCAGCUUUCAGUUUCAACACAUUUUGAUGUGCAUCACAAUGUUUCAAAUGCUUGAUAAGAUUUGAUGUCGUAAAACUACUUUUAUCCUUACCACCCGGAGACACGAUUUUACCACAGUUGUUGCAUUUCGCUUUACUUAUGUCUGUCAAGUCUAUAGAGAAGUAUUUCCACACACUAGAAAUUUGUUUUUACCAGUUAAUAAUAACUUAUAGCUGCUAAAUAAAAAAAAUAAAA